GUUUGGAUUUGUAAUUUGACUUUGCAGGAGAGAAGUGCAAUAAAAAAUGAUAUAAGAGCGUGGGUUUUUUUUCCCAAGGAAGCUGAAGGCCACAGAUGCGUUGGAUGGAGGACAGGCUUCCCCAGAAUCAACCUCACAAUACAACCAUUCUUUUUUGUUUUUUUUUGUUUGCGUGAUCUACUCAACCAAGCUUGGAAUCAACAAAGAAGAGAGACAAUUAUAUUGGAUCUCACCAUUUCCCCUUCUGUUGUUGUACCAGUUUUUGACGAGUUCGUGGUUGGGAUAAGAAAAUUGGCUCAGCCUGGUUCUGAGAUAUUCUUCAGUCCAAUGACUUUUUUCGGAAUAGUGCGGAGGUGAAGCACAAAUUUACUGUUAUUCAGUAAAGAAGUGCAACUGUGUGGUUUGACAUUCUAUUUUGGCAAGUUAGGUUCCUUACAGUUUUUGUUGAGAUAAUGGACGAGGAAGUACGUUUGGAUGAUAAUGAAAGUAAAUGUCAUGAACAGUUGGAUGGGAUAAUCAGUGCUAACAAUACACAUAAGGAUAUCGUGCAAAAAACAACAAUAAAUGGAACUGUUAAGGCUUCCUUCAAAACUGAGCUGAAUGAUUUGAAUCCUAUAGAAGGAUAUACAGAAACAAGUGGGUUGUUGGGGAAUCAGAAGGUUCAAACACAUAAACCCUUAACAUUUCUAAGAGCAAUAAGAGGUAUUUUGUGUUUAAUGGUUCUUGUUUCCACAGCAUUUAUGACACUGAUUAUCUUUGCCCCUCCUGCAUUUUUGCUACUGCGGCUUUUCAGUGUACACUAUAGUAGAAAGGUGGUUUCCUUCUUGUUUGGCCAUUGGUUAGCCAUGUGGCCUUUCUUGUUCGAGAAGAUAAAUGGGACAAAGGUUGUAUUUGCUGGAGACUCUGUCCCUCCAAGGGAACGUGUUUUGUUGCUUUGCAAUCACCGAACAGAAGUAGAUUGGAUGUACAUAUGGAACCUUGCUUUGCGCAAAGAUCGCUUGGGUUACAUAAAGUAUAUACUCAAAAGCAGUGUACGUAAUGCACCAGUCUUUGGCUGGGGUUUCCAUGUCCUUGAGUUCAUAUUGGUUGAAAGGAAAUGGGAGGUGGAUGAGCCUGUCAUAGAAUCAAUGCUCUCAACAUUCAAGGACCCUCGAGAUCCACUGUGGCUUAUUCUCUUCCCAGAGGGGACUGACUUUACAGAACAAAAAUGCCUUAGGAGUCAACGGAUUGCCAAAGAAAAUAAUUUGCCUAUCCUUAAAAAUGUGCUUCUGCCUAGAACAAAGGGUUUCCAUUCAUGUGUAUCACUUCUCAGAGAUUGUCUGGAUGCAGUGUAUGAUUUGACUAUUACUUACAAACCGCGAUGCCCUCUUUUCAUGGAUAAUGCCUUUGGGAUUGAUCCAGCUGAAGUCCAUAUUCAUGUUCGUCGAAUACCUUUGAGUGAAAUUCCCACCUCAGAGAAUGAAGCAUCUGCCUGGCUUAAUGAAACUUUUCAUUUUAAAGAUCAGCUGCUUUCAAGUUUCCACAAAGAAGGCUCUUUCCCCAACUCUGGCACUGAAGAAGAACUCCCCACAUACAGGUGCUUACUGAAUGUGGCUGUAAUGGUCGGGUUAACUGUUCUUUUUUCAAUUUUAACUUUUUCUUCCAUUAAGUGGAUAGGAGUGUAUGUUGCUUUGAGCUGUGUUUAUCUUGCCGCUGCAACAUACUUUAAUAGCAGGCCAACUCCCAUAUUUGGGUUUCACAAGCAGGUUUAACUGUGGCAAAGACAAAACAUCGUCAAUUGAGCGAUGCCAAGACUACAUUUUUAAAAAAUGAAAAAUUAAAUUAAAUUUUCACUGGA